CGAAACUAAUUGUUUUCUAGCCUGUGAAUUGAACUUUGUUCCAGUUGACAGAGCUAAAAUAUCUCCGUAGCCACAUCGGAUUGUCUCUCUCAUUCUAGCUUCGCUUCAAAGAGGAGGCGCCACUUUCUAGAAGCCGAGGUGCAAACGUUUUAGGCCCUCAACCAUGGCAGCCACGACCCCUAAACAAGCUGUCUCUGUUUUUCAGGAGUUCCGCGCCAUGUUUUACGUUCUUGGCCCCAACGAGAGCUCCUUCCGCAGCGUCGAGGAAGUUCCCGAUUACGUGGACAAGGCAACUCCCUUGUUCAUUACCCUGGUUUUGCUGGAGGUCAUAAUUAAGUGGGCUCAGAAAAAACAUUUUUCAUUCCUUCACAGUGACGAUAUAGCAUCUCUUUCUGCAGGUGUCUUCUCAAGAAUUCCAGAUGUUAUUUCUCGAAGUGUUGAAAUAUCAGCAUAUAUCUAUGUGUGGAACAACUAUAGAAUGCUGGAACUACCAUGGGAUUCAUCAUGGACAUGGUUUUUGACCUUCAUUGGAGUAGAUUUUGGAUACUAUUGGUUUCAUCGUAUGGCCCACGAAAUUAAUUUUUUAUGGGCUGGUCAUCAAGCACAUCAUAGUUCCGAACAUUAUAACUUACUCACAGCAUUAAGGCAAUCUAUUCUGCAAAAAUUUGCAUCAUGGAUAUUUUACCUCCCAUUGGCUCUUUGCAUCCCACCUUCAAUAUUCGCUGUUCAUCUUCAGUUUAAUCUCCUUUACCAGUUCUGGAUACAUACAGAGGUCAUUGAAAAUCUUGGUCCGUUGGAGUUUAUUCUCAAUACUCCUAGUCAUCAUAGAGUUCAUCAUGGCAGAAAUCGAUAUUGUAUUGAUAAAAACUAUGGUGGUACAUUAAUUAUUUGGGACAGAAUUUUUGGUACCUUUGCUGCAGAAAAAGAUAAAGUUGUAUAUGGUCUAACACACCCCAUAAAUACUUUUGAAUCUUUAAAAGUUCAGUUUCAUCAUUGUGUUUAUAUAUGGAGCAUAUUUUGGACCACACCUGGAUUUGUCAAUAAACUUUCAGUUAUGUUCAAGGGACCAGGAUGGGCACCAGGCAAGCCAAGACUUGGCCUUAUUGAAGAAAUUCCAGAAAUCACUGGGAAGGAAGUUCCUUUCAAUCGCAAAUUACCAAGCUACAUGUAUAUCUAUGUAAUAGUGCAUUUUGCCUUAAUGAUGGGAUUUUAUGUCGACUUAACUACGUCCAAAUAUACGUUAUCACAGGUAACUCUUCUCUUGAGGGUUGGCUACAUUGUUCUGACAUUGACCUCCAUUGGUUUCCUUAUGGACCAAAGACCUGAAAUGGCUUUCAUGGAAUCUGCACGUUGCUAUGCUUUUCUUGCUCUGCAGAAGUUUGGAUAUUUGGAAGUACAUUCUGCGCUUUUAUCAACUACCUAUGAGGUAUUAUUUUUCCUCUGCAUUGCAUUUUGGGGGAUUCAGAUCAUAAAGCAACUCACUUCAAGCCCACCAAAGCAACACUAAGAAGAAGUCUACCAAAAUUGUAUUCUUUGUGAUGGAUUACUUUCAUAUUUUGUGAAGAACUACAGUAGAGUAUUCUUUAAUAUAUUCAUCAAUAGAAACAACAACAUAUAACCAAAUCAAAGAUCAACAUAUCUCAAUUUCUUUACUUUUUUUAAAAUUUGGAAACCUCUGAAUUUUCUGCAUCAAUUUCAUUUGUAUACAAAUGUAUAUGUAAUUUUAACAAUAAUAUUAAUAAAUAUUAAUCAUGUAUGGUG